AUAUAUAUAUAUAUACGUAUAUCGCGAUCGUCACUAUGAAAGUAUAUAACUUGGCACCGCUUGUCUAUCAUUCGUUCCUAUAUUCCGUAUGCUCCAUUAAAUAGGUGUUUUUAUAUCAAAUUUAUGCAUAUUCGUUUGACUUUGUUGAUCAAUUUGUAAGGAUAAAUCGUUUCGACAAAAUCAGUAUAAGAGCCUUAAAUGGCUAUGAUAGUAGAGUAAUCGAGCUUCAGGUGAUGGAGUGUAUAGUAUUAAAUUCAUCGUUAAUCUCGCGCGAGAAGAAAAAAUCGGUCAACGACUUUCAGUCGGCGUGCAUACGGUGAGAAGAACUGAACACACGCGCCAUCACUAUAUUAUUGCGUAAGGCCAAAAUUGGCCCAUCAAAAAUGUUAAGCUGUGGUAGAGUUAUUGAACAAUUGUCGAAAGUAACAAGACACGCACAUGUUAAUCAUUCCUAUCGAGCUUUAAAAUAUGUUGGCAUUUUCAGUGUUAAUAGAUUGUGGUAUAGUAAUAAUGCAAAUAAUAAGAAGCCAUAUAAGUCACCGGGUACUACAAUAAAACCAGAGGAAUGUGUACCUGAGUUUAGGUAUUCUAAACCAAAGAGACCACUUCCAGCUUGUGAAGCUCAAAAUGGAGGUACUUGUCCGCCUACUUGUAGACCAGAUUAUACACAAGAAGAUGGUAACGGAAAGAAUGGUAAAUUUCCAAAUUGGAAACAUUUACUGGCCACCUUGAUCAUAACAGGAGUGACUAUAUAUGCGAUAUCUUCUACGGAAUGGUUUACAGAUAAAUUUGGCUCACAGUCUGACACAAAAAAAAAAAAAGAUACAGUGAAAAGAGAUAAAAGAUCAAAGGAUGUAGUAAAAUCUCCGGCUGUAUCUAAGUCAAUACCUCAAGAAGUACCUUACUUAUUGAUAGGUGGAGGAACUGCUGCAUUUUCAGCAUUUAGGUCAAUUAAAUCUAGGGAUCCCAAAGCUAAGGUUUUAGUAAUAGGUGAAGAAGAAAUUUUACCAUAUAUGAGGCCACCAUUAUCUAAAGAACUAUGGUAUAAUACAGAUAGGGCAACAAGUGCUAAAUUGAAUUUUAAACAGUGGAAUGGAACUCAGAGGAGUCUUUUUUAUGAACCACGUGAAUUUUAUACAAAUGUUGAUAAGUUAAUGCAAUUAGACAAAGGUGGAGUAGCUGUAGCAACAGGUUGGAAAGUAACUAAACUUGAUGCUACAAAUAAAAUUGCUAUUCUUGAAGAUGGUUAUGAAAUCAAGUAUGAUAAGUGUCUUAUAGCAACAGGUGCUUCACCUAAAAAUCUUCCUAUAUUUGAAUCUGCUCAGGAUGAAGUAAAAAAUAAAAUCAUAGCUUAUAGAACAGAACAAGAUUUUCUUGAAUUAGAAGAAAAUAUUCACAAUCCUAAUUGUAAAAAUAUAGUUAUUAUUGGAGGUGGUUUUCUUGGCUCUGAGCUAGCUUGUUCACUUGCGAGAAAUUAUCAAGAUAAAAAGAUUAUCCAAAUUUACAAGGAAAAUUACAUAAUGGCUCAAGUAUUACCUGAAUAUUUAAGUGAAUGGACAACAAAGAAAGCUAUUGCAGAAGGAGUAAAUUGUAUACCAAGUGUAGAAGUUGCGGACUUUUCAUACAGAAAUGAGAAACUCAGUCUUAUCCUAUCAGAUGGCAAUAUUAUUGAUGCAGAUCAAGUGAUAGUAGGUAUAGGAGUUGAAGCAAAUACAGAUUUGGCAACAUCUUCAGAAUUAGAAAUACAUCCUACUGUAGGAGGUUUUCUUGUUAAUGCCGAAUUAGAAGCAAGAAGUAAUCUUUGGGUUGCUGGAGAUGCUGCAUGUUUUUAUGAUGUUAGAUUGGGUAGACGAAGAGUGGAACACCAUGACCAUGCUGUAAUUUCUGGUAGAUUAGCUGGAGAAAAUAUGACCGGUGCAGGAAAACCUUAUUUGCAUCAGUCUAUGUUCUGGUCUGAUUUAGGACCAGAGGUUGGAUAUGAAGCAAUUGGUAUUAUAGAUUCAUCGUUGCCAACUGUAGGAGUAUUUGCAAAGGCAACAGAAGCGGAUACACCAAAAGCAGCUCUUAAUAAAUCUACAGAUGAAGAGAGAGCUAUAGCACAGACAGAAACAGAAAAGACAGAAGAAAAAAAUUUGCAAAGUGACACACCAUCUUUAAAUUCAGAAAAUGAAAAUAAAAAUAUGGAAAAGGAAUCUAAAAAACAUAGUGACUUUGAGAAAGGUGUUAUAUUCUAUUUACGAGAUGAUGUUGUGGUUGGCAUUUUACUUUGGAAUAUAUUUCAUCGCAUGUCCAUAGCUAGACAGGUAUUGGCAAGAGGUACAAAAUAUGAUGAUCUAAAUGAAGUAGCGAAACUAUUUUCUAUUCAUGAUGACUAAUGACAUUGACUGCAGUUUGUGGUAUGAAUAAUGACAAUAUUUUAAAGUCACUGUGCUGUACAUAAUCGAAAUGUUUAUAUAAAAGUCUCUAAGCAAUGUCAUAUUAUAUAUCUGUGAGUUUUAGAAUGUAUGGUAUGUACAAAUAAUCAGUGAUAUUCCAUAGUAUACAUUGAAAAUUGUUAGAACCAAUCUACGAAAGCAUUUAUGAAAUAUCCAUGUGAUUAUUGCUAUUAUCAAUUAAGCAUGGGUUUUAGCAAGUAAAAUAAGUUGAAUAAGAAA